ACACACACACACACACUCACUCAUACUUGACGAAUUAAUGGCGCUUAGAGAGAGGAGAGAGACUUUGGCGGACGCCGGCGGAGGUCCGCCGGAAGUAACCUUGGAGACUUCCAUGGGCCCCUUCACCAUCGAGAUGUAUUACCACCACGCGCCGAGAACCUGCGACAAUUUCGUUAAGCUCGCUCGCAAGGGCUACUACAACAACGUUAAAUUCCACAGAAUCAUCAAGGAUUUCAUAGUGCAAGGCGGCGACCCUACCGGAACUGGCAGGGGCGGCGAAUCCAUCUACGGUAAGCACUUCGAAGAUGAGAUAGAUAGGGAGUUGAAGCAUACAGGAGCUGGUAUCAUAUCAAUGGCGAAUGCUGGUCCGAAUACAAACGGAAGCCAGUUCUUUAUAACUUUGGCACCUGCGCCCUCUCUGGAUGGGAAACACACAAUAUUUGGAAGAGUAUGUAAAGGAAUGGAAAUUGUCAAGAGACUAGGCAGUGUUCAAACCGAUAACACCGAUCGCCCUGUACAUGAUGUGAAGAUACUCAGGGCAGCCAUUAAAGAGUAGCUUGUUUAACAUCAAAAGUGAAUCGAUUAGAUGCUGACCCUUCAGACCACUUUGUCAUGUUACGGGAGUUUAAUUUCGGAUGAAGCUUAUAAAAAAGUUGCAUGAAAAAUUACUUUUCAAACAUCUCGAUUUCUGGUUUUGGCCAAUGUGAUACUUGUUACUAUCAUCACAUUCGAGAUACUUUCUGUAUUUGAAACGCUGCUAAAAAAACACCAGGUUUAAAUGUUUAAUUCUACUAUAUGCAGCUGCUACUAGCUUACUGUCACUGAUAAAUUUUGUCUCGUGGAAUUUUUUUAUUACAGAUUGAAUUUUCAAUUUGAUAUAUCUAUUCGAGUUUUUUGAUAAUA